AAAUACACACACACGUAGUACGAACACACAAUGCCAAAUAUUCCAUUGAGUUAUAGCUUGUGAAUUGUACAGUGCAGUCAGGAUGUAGGCUUCAACCAUGGCCGCCGACCUACUCGAAAACUUCCAAUAUGGUCUGUCGAGUAGCGGUCUUUCUGGGGCAGACAAGACCGUACUCCUCCUUAAACUUACAGACCCAUCCCUGAAAUGCAUCGAACAGUACCAAAAACUUAAGUAUUCAACUAGUAAGAGACCCAGCAUCCAAUUUAAAGGCAACAGCGGUGUGAUUACAUUCCCCAGCACAGAGGCCAAAGAUGGAGAGAGAGAAUUCAAAUUUACCGUUCAGCCGUUGCAACAGACUAGCAGCUUUGAAAGCAUACAGCACUAUCGCAACAGUCGAGGAGAGCACAAGCUUGACUCUCUGGGUAGCAUACAGACCAAGGUGACAGUGAGUGGCACAGACGAUGUCUAUCAGACCACUCAGAAGAAGAUGAAGCUAGCAGACGAGGAGAUGAAGAAAGUCAGCACAAAGGAGGUCAAACAGAACCAAUUCCUACCGGGUCGCCGGGUCAAGCGGAAAUCCAUCUCGGCCCACGCCAAGAAAAUCAUCUCAUCAUCCAGUACCAGCAAUCCCUCAGUAUCUUCCAAUUCCACUUCGUACUCUUCCACGUUAUCGAGCUUUAACGCUUCCAUGAUGACCACGACGACCACCCAGUCAUCGUCGUCCUCUCGGAACUCCAACUCGACUUCGACAGCCGCUUCAUCCAAAAGUGCAAUAUCCGGCAGUAGAAGCAGCGGUGCCAAGACUAGUGGUGCUAGUAGUAAGGGGAGUGGAGGUGCCCCAUCUACCCAGAAAUCAGCAGUACAUAAUCGGUCCUAUAGGGAUCGAGUAAUACAUUUAUUAGCCCUAAGAGCAUACAAGAAGCCUGAACUACUCCUGAGACUCCAGAAAGAUGGCAUCCCCUCCAAAGAGAAGAACCAACUAGGCACAGUUCUCCCACAGGUAGCAACUCUUGCCAGGGACAAUUCCUACGUACUUAACAAAAACUUGUACAAUGAAGUCACCUUAGACUGGCCAGCAUACACAGACAUAGACAAACAACUGCUAAAAAGAAAGAAAGCUGAGUCUGGGAUAAAGGACUCUCCAUCACCCCCUUCCCAGCCCUCCCCUCACCAUGCUUCAACCAACUCCAGUCUGACUGCUACGGGUAGCCCAAGUACUCAUGCCACCUCCAAGACCAACGCCACCACCAAGGCCAUCCCCAGCUCCAAGGCCAUCCCAACCAGUCAUCAUCGGAAGACACCGGAUGCUGGACCCAAAUCCUCCACCAAACGGCCACUCUUGCCAGAAGUCAAAGACUACAAGACCAUGACCAAGAAGCCUCGCAUUGCCCACGGUUCUGCAUCCAUGGGAGCAGGACCUAAGUAUGUAGACCAGCAGCCCCAGCUGAGCCCUAGCAGCGCCCUUAGCAUCUCCAAGAAGGUCCCCAGUCCGUCAGGCCUCUUCAAGAAAGUGCCUAGCCCCUCCUCGACCACCAACGCCCCUCCUUCCACCACUACCACCAUCAGCAACUCACCUUCCAGCAACCACGCGCAACAAAGUGCCUUGUCAUCACCUUCGGUCAGCACGACCCGCAACUCGCCGGACUGCUGCGACUCGACGGGCAAUGGCACCAACUCCAGCAUCACCGCUGCACCUGCAGUGGUGUCCGGUGGAGUCACCAAGUCUUCAAGCAGCAGUGGUAGCAGGGAUCAUACAGGUGCAUCAGGGCGGAGUGAGAAGAGUUCAAAGGCAUCUACAGGCACCAAGAGCAUCAAAGAGGAGAAGAGGCCAGUUGGAAAAGAGUCUCCCUCAGGAGAUGUAUCUUCUACUUCAGUCGUUCCAGAGUACUUGAUGAAGUACAGGAAUAUCACUUCAUUAGAGCAACGCCUUAAGUACAAGGAGGAGUUCAACAACCUUUACCCACAGUACAGAGAACAUCACAAGUUCAUUGAAGGCAUCAAGCAGAAGUUCAAGGGUCUCAAGGAUGAGCUGUACCACACCAAGAAAGACAGUGAGGCGUAUGACUAUCUCCAGGAUAAAGUGAUAGAGGAGUACAACAAGAUCACUCAGGACCCUGCUUACAAGACCAAGGAGCGACGCUGGAAAGAACUUCAUCAUCUUCUAGGUCACAUCAAAGCACUCAUCAUGGUUUAUGACAAUGAGCCCAUGCAGACGGACAACUCCUAGGGAACCUCUAGGGAUGCUUCUCCGUAAUGAUGGACCUCUUCCUUUACGAUAACAGGACAAGAUAAUCAGCGGUAGACUUCAAAUGGUUAUAGAGAAUUUUAAACAGUAAAAGAGAACCGAUUAGGAACAAAUCCUUUAACACUGGCCUGCUCUGCUCUAGAACAAACUUGGUCUUUCCAAUAUUGAAUCUGUAUUGAUGAGUACAGAGAUUUAAUUUGAUUUCUUUGAGACAGUAAGAUUUGAAUGAAUAUUGCAAAGAACUUUGUGAGAGCCUUUGUGAAAUCAUUGGCAGCUACUAAAGUAUUUUAAAUUGUUUGUUAGGAGCCAGAUACACAGAGUUGAUGCCGUUCUGGCUCCAUACAGACAAGUCGGCAGUAGCUCCUGUAGGAAUCCCAAGAUUGAUUUUUAAUUUGAUGCAGAGCAGGUCAGGAAUACCAAGGCAAAGAUGGGAGAUCAAAUCAGUAAAUUGUCUUAAGAUCGAUUGCUGCCACUUUGUAUUGAGUGCUUACAAAUCAAAUGCACAGAUGUGGGUUUUUUCAUUCAAAGCCUCAGAUUAUGAAAUGAUAAAAGCAGCUAGCAAUUGUCAAAAUGUAAUGGUAGAUUAAAUUAAUGUCACCAUGAUCGCCAUUUCUCUGCCAUUUGAGCCGAGGAAUCAACUCCCCGAAUCCCAUUUUUGCCUGCCCAAUUGUGAUUACAAACAACCAAGUGAUUCAAUUUUACUGCUAUGUAAGCCUUAUUUAUGUGUAUAGAAAAAGAGAGUAAAUUAUGAAGAACAAGUGUUUAUUGAUAUAUAUAACAAAUAACAGUCAUCAUUGUAUACUGUGUAUUAAAUUGGCUGCCCCUAUGUUGUGUAGAAACCCUGCAAGCUGUUCUUUAUGCUAACAAUAUCCAACAUAGAAAUACAAGGGAGUGGAAUUCGAUCAUGUUUACGCUUCUAGGGAAUUCAGGACAUUGAUAUAUAGGUUAAUGUAAUUUCCCCAGGCUUUGGGAAUAUUUGUGGAAAAAUAGAAUUGUUUAACCUCAUUGCUGCACUGGAGUGGCAGAGGAUAUUGUUUCAUAGUAAACUAAGAUAGAAAUCUUGUUUGUAAUUGAUAGCUUUAUUUGUAUAUUCACAUGGAAGAUAGGAGAGCCAGAAGGGCAUUAACGUGUAUCAUUUAACACAGAGUUAUAACGUCCUUCUGGCUUUGCACAGAUGUUUUAAUUGCAGUAAACCUGAUGCCCAUGACUAUUCUUUAGUAACUGCACAUUUUUAAUAUGUUUCAUGCCACAAAUAUUCUCAAGCUAUUCUUCAAAGGUUUAAUCCCAUAGACUGAGUAGUAGCAAUCAUACUGCCAGGGGAUAAAUCCAGUUCUUAGAAUAGUGUCAUGUUAUUUGACCUGUUUUGGAGUUUUGGAAUAAGUGAAAUCCUGAGGGCCCUUUUUAUUUAAUGCAAAUUUGAGCUUAUGCCCCUUCAUACCUUGGGGGUGACCCAAUCCAGCAGUAUUAUUUUAUUGAACAGCUUGUAGGGUUCGUUCUACAAAUGGAAAAAGAAACCUUGCCUGUCAGAUACUCAAGCUCUCCAUUAUAAAGGUGACCCCUUACCCCUCAGGGAGUGAAUGGAAGAAUCCUAAUAUGUAUACAUGCAUUCAUAUUCCACAAGGCAUAUUAGGAAUGUUCCACUCGAGGUCGGGGGUUGACUGAAUGACUUAUUAAGGAGGGAUGCUAUUGUGAUAUCAUGAUACAGAUGUGCAUAAUUGAACUUCCAGUUAGUUCUUUGUUAUGACCUUAUUGAUCAUAAUGCUAACGCUGACUGGUUUAAAAAAAAAUUAUCAAAUGAUUAAAAUCUUCUUAAAUCUCUUACAAGAAAAAUAGAUCUGGGAGAUUUUGACCUCCCAUUUUACCCCUCCCCUGACCUCUAGGUAAGUCCAUUCACAGACAGUAUGCUGUUGACAUUCUUUACAUUCCAGAGCACUGUGUCCAUUACCCCUAGGAGUGUACAUUGCCAGACAACACAAAUGUUCUCAUAUGGUAGUCUUGAUCCAUCAACCCAUUUACUCUACCUGCGAUGCCUUCUUAUGGAGCAAGCAUUUAGUCUUGAUGUGAGAAGAAGGAGUGGAGAGGAAGAGCAGAUACAUGUACCAAGUUGGAUUGUAUUUGACUGAUCAUAAUGUCCUUAUUUGUUUUGGUGUGUGCAUUGGACAUUCUGCAAGCAGAUGGACUCAUCUAGCAGAAGAUGAACUUAAUCAUUUUCAGGCUGGCAGUACCAGAUACACCAGUUGUUUAAUAGAGGGGAAAAUAACUAUUCCUGGAGGUCUGGCAAUGGAGACUAGCUGCAUUGUUUGCCCAGUGGUCAUAAAGUAUGCUGAAGCAGAGUGAAGCUCUUCCUGGCUCUCUGCCCCUCCCCCUCCUCUUUGUCCCUCCCCUUCACCACCAUCCACAUGGUUGUGUGUGUAUGGUCAUAGACCUUGGUAGCUCUUGUUAUGGUAAUAGCUCAGCAUUCCAUCACGGGGGUAUCCCCCAACCGCUUAAAGUGAAACAGCUGAUUGGAGCCGAGAGGUUGAUAUCGGAAUGAUAGCUCAGGCCUGGCAGGCCGAUUGAUCGUGUCAAUUUAAUCUGCUGCCACGUGACACCUCACAUGUACUUGUGUAUUCAUUCUUUCUUCUCUCUGUCUCUCCCCUUCUCUCUUUCUUUUCUCUCUUUCUGUCUCCUUAUGUUUCUCCUUUCUCUUUCGUCUAGCCUUACAUUCAUGAGAAACGAGCGCUUCAUGUAGCUGUACAUUCCAGUGAGUAGAUGUCUAUAUUAGUCAUCAUGGUAGCUUGCCCUCCAUCAAACAAGAAAUAUCUCAAGAAAUGUUGUGUUAGUCAUGUGAUGUUGGGAUGUCUGGGUGUAUCGGCUGUGCUGUGAGCAAAGCUCCCUUUUGGUGUCGUGCCUCUGAAUUCUUUCUCCUUUAGAUGCCAUGCUCCCACCCGCAUCCUUCCCCUGCCUACUCCUCUCCUCUCCUCUCCUCAUCAAGAUCUACAUCUCAUGUAGGGAAUUCCCCCUUUGCCUAUUUAUAGGUUAAAUGGGUCAGUGGAGGGUUUAAUCGGGUCAGGUACAACAUGUGCAUCGAUAACCACCCCAGGGUCCGGACAUAUUUGCGUGCUGUUUGAAUCAGCUGUGAUAGAGGCCUUGUGUGUACACAUGCAGCAUUCCGUUUACUCAAGUUAUCCGAUACAAUGAAUACACAACGUACAAAGAAGCGAUCCUCUGCAAGUUAUAUCAGCAAUUCUCAGAAGAUGCCUUGUCUAGAUGGCUGUAUCUGUUUUCACACCAUUCUGCUUGGUAAUACGAUUGGAUCACCUUUGUAUGACCGUGUUCCCAUAACGAUGACAUUCUGAAUGACAUCUUUCCAUCUUUCAUUGCCUCUCUUAAGUUACAGAGUGAGAUGGGUUAUGUAGCCUCUGAUUGACAUGGUCGUGAACACAUGUACACCAACCAAGAGAUGAAAGACUUGUAUUCAAAUGUGUAGUACAAUGUACUAUGCACAAUUGCACAUUGUGAUCGGGUCGACAAUUUAUUAUCCAUUGCUAGCCAUCACUACCAAGCCCACAAUUAAUAAAAAGAAUUAAUGUACCAGUAUUGUUGUUUACAGAACAAACUUGCAUAUACAUCUGGAUAAACUCUGGUAUCAUCUUAUUUGCAGAGACCAGAAGGGUAUUAACUGGGUGAAAAGACAAAUUAAACCAAAAAAGAAUGUUUUUAGUAAUUUUAAAGCAUGAAAAAGACAAUCCAUUUUCAGAAUAGGGUGUAAUUUAAUUACCUUUUAUGUGUGAUAUUACAGGCCCCAUGUUGUGUUGAGUAUCUGACAGGCAAUGUAGUUCCAGUAUUCUUAUUUUGUGCUGAAUAUUAUGUGAACCAUUAUGGACAAUGUUUUUAUGACCAUGGACUACGGACAAAGUGUAUAUCUGGCCCUGAGGGUCAGUUUUUGAAUAAUUCUUUUUCUCUUUCCUUUCUGAAAUUGAUUGAACAACUGUAAAUGUUCUUUAAAUUGUUGCUAAUCUUUCGUCAUCUUCUUUCCUUUCGGUGAUAGUGCCUCUGAUGUAAUCACUGCAUGCCUAACUUUUUUGCUAAAUGUAUCGUUAUUUUCAUAUUCUCCAAAUCCUUCGCCCACCUGUAUUUGCGAUAAGAAGUGCCGAAAAAUGCAGAUAAUGUGUAACUGCUGCCUGAACUGUACACCUCUAUGUAGUCUCUGCCCCAAUGAACGCACAUGUCAUGUAUUAAAGAUUCUUUUACCAUGGAAUGUACUGUAAUUGUUAAUACCUUCAUGAUUGUGUAAAAAAUAUGAAAGCCUUCAAAUUAAUUAUUCCUUGAAACUAUUGAAGCUGUAUUGCAAUUCUUGAGAGAGACUUUUUUCUUUGUUUCCAUUUGACACAAAUGCUGUGCAAUGCUAUGAGCUUUUCUCUGGCCACCUAUUGUGUACUAAGGAUGAGAGAAACGGUAUAUGCCGAGUAGGAAACAUAGGUUAGUGCAUGAUUUUUCAAAAUGAUCAUCCAUGUUGAUAAUUUGCAGAGGUCGCUGAUGAUGGGAACUUAUUAUUUUGUUUUUGCAUGCCCAAAUGUAUCUACCUUCCUACUAAUGUAUGUACUUCUAUUCAUGAUAUUUUGAAUAAUUGUCCUCAAUAAGGCUGAUAUUAAAUGUGUGUAGAGAUAAUUUGUGUCAUCUAGAAAUGCAUGAAACAAUGUUAUGAUCCAUUUUGAACUAAAGCACAGUACUAAUUCAGCCAUUAACUUGUUAAGCAUGAUACGUGAUUAGUGGUUGUUUUUGUUAAAAGUUCAGACAAAUAUAAUUCAUCAACAAUCAAUGAGAUGUAUGUUUUAACCUCUUGUUGGUUUAAUCACAAAUAGAUAGAGGUAUUUGAUACUGUCGGUCAGCAACGUUAACAAGUCACAAGUGUGUAUUGAUGGAAACCGUAUUUCUGAGAUGAUGGGAUAUAUUCAGAUUUGUUUGGAUCAAGCUAAUCUUAAUCCUGUGUGUUCAUUCCCUACCUGUGCUGUUUGGUGUCCCUACAACACGUGUCUCAUUAGCAUGGCAUAGAUACAACUCGACUGUACUCAAAGUGUAUCAAAGUAUGAUAAGAAGUGAUGAAAUUGUACAUUACCGUAUCCCAAACUGCCAAGAAUCAAUCAAUUUAGAGCCAAAUCCAGCAGUGUGACAGACGUAUCGUGUUCUACAUGACUUAUUUUAUUGUAUGAGCUUGGAGAAGACUUCCAUAUCACGAUCCAUGCUACUUGCCAGAGUACCCUAGAACAAAUUGAAAUGAAAGUGAUACAGGGAUGUUAGUGCUCAAGGCUAGACAUUUGAUUUUGUUCUGAAGGUCAAUAACAGUAACUUGUGAACUAUUUGAAUACUUAAUUCUGAAUUUUUAAAUUAUUUACUGAUCAAUAUUUUCUAUUUUGAAAUUCAUUUAAUACGUUAUAAACUAUAAUGAUUUAUUUUUGAGAAGUGAAGGCUUGUUAUGACAUUGUUAUCGGUUCCAAAAAUCACAUGUCUUUAUUCAUUCAUUCAGAGGAAUUAUGUCAAGUUAAUAGUGAUUUAAGUCAAUGGUUGUGUGUCAGCAGAAGUAUGUUCAUCGAGGCAUUGAAGAACUUCAAUUCAUUUUGGAGGGAGGUGCUACUUAUGUAUACUUAUUCAAAUCAUUGUCGGAAAGAGCUUAUAGAUCAUUUGACCUGAUGAAUAUUAUCUGGAUAAUCAAAGAAGAGGCUAGAUUUACUGCUAAUGGUAUUUUUAUAUGAAUGUAUCAGAGAUUACAGGUCGGCCAUAUUCUGAAGCGCCACGGGUUGUUGAUGGAUCGGGUCUGUCUGGAAAUACCUCCACAGGGGAUUUGAACCUCAGAGCCCAUUAUAUAGAGUCAAGUAUCCAAACCACUAUGCCUUAUUUUCUUCCAAUGACUGUACAAUUUAAGCACAUUCCAUUGACUAGACGCAUAUUCUGUGUCGGCUUGGCAACAAGACCAUACCUAUAAGUGUUAAGAUUUGGCAAAAAAGGCAUCCUUAAUCCAGUUGUGUACAUUUGCUAUCUCUUUGCCCAAGCUCAUAGAAUUUACGAAAAAUGCAAUAGAAAAGCAACCUUUAUGAUUCUCAUUACUUGAACAAAAGAAAUGUUAACAUGUUAAUUUCUUCAGGAGGAAUAAAAUGAAGGGCAGCGAGUGUUUAAAAACAAUUUCCAAUCACUAUUUUCCAGGUUCUACAGUAUGAAUGGUCUUGCUACGGUCUGAUUAGGCAUAUAGGUUUAGGGUUCGUUGUAUAUCAUACUAUAUAUCUUGAAUAUAUGUUAAUAUCUGUUGAAAAUAUUUCUUACAAAGAUUAUAUUCUCUUUUCUUUUUCCAGAAAGACAGAGAUAUAUUGUACAGUUUUCUGGCAUUAUUGUUGUCACUUUCCAGUCUCAGACCAUUCCGAAUCAGUGGUGUCUGAGAGGUGCUUUAUAUCUGUGUGAAUUCUUUCCUUUUGAUUUUCUGAAAUGAAAUGGUCUUUUAUCUAUUAUUUUCUUUUUUUGUGCUUCAAAUCAUCAUCAUCAAUCUGUUGAUGUCCUUAACUGUAAACAUUACAUUGAAUUUAAUGGGAAGGUCAUGGUUACCUUACUGCGUGAAUGUAUGGAACUGAAAGAUUGGAUGUUUACCAUUGAAUCCCAAUAUUCUUUAUGACUGAAUGAAUUAGAAGAAAAAUUGACUAUUUGUGGUCUUUGAAUUGGCAGCUCCUGUACAAUUAUGUACUGAUUUAUUGCCUUAUAAUGUAUGCUGACAAUUUUUACGAUGAAUACCAUGCUUUUGAACAAUCAAAUUGUGCAUGUGGGAAAACAAUUAAGAUAACACUGGAUAACAGGUUAUCUGAUAUGAUUUUGAUUUUUAGAAUGUUCAUUCAGGCAAAGUUGACUGAAAAUAAUUUUCGAUAAAGAUGUGAAUUAUGUUCUUUCUGUUUGAUUAAUGUAAGAGGCUUUAAGAGUAUCCUACUUAACAAAAAGGUGAUACAGAAAUUUGUUGUUUAAUUACCACUUAAUUUGUACAGUGAUUAAUAAUCAUUGAAGAACUCUUUAUGUUAUGUUAUAAUGAAAUUCCAUGGUACAAACUUACUACAUUGUAAAAAUAUCUUUUUAUGUGCUACUUGUAUGUAUCCAUCGACCUUGCAAUACAACGUUGUGUGACAAAGCCUUUAUGUUUAUACUUCUAAAUGCAUGCACAUACCUUUUUUUUUUUCUCAACCUUCUCUUUGUAUUAUCUUUGUGCAAGAUAAGAAAAGUGGAUUGAGAGUUCAAAUGACUUCAAAUAAUGUCAAUUUUGUAUGAUUUGAUAAGAAUUAUGAAUAUUAACACUGCUCUUCACUGCUUUUCACUGUUUUAAAGUAAACUGCUAUGAUACUACUUGUAUGAAAUUGAUUAUUUGACUGAUAAUUUACUAUAAUAAUCUUAGGGAAAGCAAAGCUUGUCAUUUUUUGUUUAGUUUACUAAAGCAAGCAGCUUUUUGCACAUUGAAUAAGGUCACAAAGGGCUCUUACAAGUGUGUUUUAUCAAAAUGAAUGCCAUUGAAAAGUUUUACAUGAAUUUAAUAUGCAACAGCAAUUACAACCUUAUGUAAAGAUGCAUCAGAAUAUAUUGGGAAUGUAAAUAAUGUGAAAAGGUUUUGAGUGGGAGCUGGAAUUGAAAGGAAAUUACGGGUUACUGUACAUAAUGUUGCUAAACAUGUAUGGAAAAACAGUGUAAAUGAACAUCAGUUGAAAUGGACCUAUGCAGAAUUGUACAAAAAUAUCUAUCUUGUACAUGGUUACACCUUUAUUAUGCCAUGCAAACGCGCGUACGGGAAGAACGGUCAUCGAAUGCGAACUACUUUCAUAUGUAUUUAAUUCCAUUGGUCUCUGUUUAAUAUAGUUAUUGAUUUUGAAAUUCCUUAGAAAAUCUGUCUGUUUUUCCACCUUAUAUUCCCUGCUUUCUAAUUAUUUUUGUUGCAAGUGAAAAAAACAUGAAAGCUCUUUCAGAAUACCUAAUUAGCUCUUUUCUGUCAACCAACUUUCAAAGAAACUCCUCAUAUGAAACUUUACAUACUUAAAAAAAAAACAUGCAUUUAUUCCAUAUGAAACACAUUGUAAUUAUUUUUCUCAAUCUUUCCUUGGUCGAUUUGCAACAGAGCACCAUCCAACAACAGAUUAUGUAGCAUGAAAGCUGUUAGAGUUUUAAUUUGACGGCAGGUACACACAAAAACAAGACAGCAUUAUUUUCUAUGAAUACAGGUUUAAGAAAUAACUUUUACUUGGGCUUUUUUUGCUUUUUACCUUCAAAGAAAUAAAGAACAAAAUUUCCUUUGUGCUUCCUUUUUAAGUAUGAGUAUUUCUAAUUGUAUUCACCAUGCAAAGCAGCAGGAGUAUUAAAUAUUGAAUUCUGUUUGCAACUAUGAAGUUGCAUUAUUAAUGUAGUAUUAUCGAAAAGAGAAAUGCACACAGGUGUCCAAGAACUUUGUUGGUAUAUAAUUAUACAUAUCCAUAGUACUAUAAACUGCCUUUCAGCAGUCUGAUGUAUAGAGAGAUAAUAUGUGUCUUACUUGUUUAGUAAGACGGAUCAGUUAUUAGUUCUGUUAUUCCCCUCCCUCUUGUUACAUGGACACAUUAUCCUGUUUAAAUGCUGAUUUGUUUUUUUGAAAAAUACAUUCAUUCAUGUCUUUUUAUAAGCUGUAAAGCAGAACUCAAGCAAAUUUUAUAUAUUUUUGUCCUCAUUCGUUUAAAAGAAAUCUUUAUUCAUACUAUUAUUCUUUUUCUGGUACUUUCAUUGGAUUUGUACCUAAUUUUCCAGCUGAAAAUCGUCUGGUGAGAGACACCUUUGUUAAAGUUAUGAAACCAUUAGUUGCAAUUUAGUUUGAUGACAAGAGAUAUAUUCAAUGUCAGAGCUACAUUGAUUUUCUUUCUUCUUUUUAUUAACUUGGGGGGGGGGGGGGGAAUUUGAGCUUCAGAAUCAUAUUUGUUGGAAAAGUAUGGUACUGGUACCUCUUUAAUAUUUUUAGAGGAACUUUGAGGAAAUUCACUUUUUAGUACAGGUCUUGUACAAAAGAGUAGUAUCAAGACAAUUUUAUUGUUAUUUUCUUUAGAUAUAUUAUGUACAUGCUAACUAAGAUAACCUGAGGAAUGAAUCUUAUUUUUUAUUUCCUUGUUUGUUUCUUUGAGGGUAAUAUCACUGUCCUAGUGGUCUGUAUCCCUCUAUAGCUUUAUUCGCAGUCAUUAUCUAACUAUGCCCUUCUUUCUUUGGGUUCUCCUUAUGAUGACUGAAUUAUAUUUGUGAUGGCUGUGGAUGAACUCUUUAAUAAAUAUGAGCAUUGAAAAAUAAA